AAGAAAGUUCCUUGCAUCUUCUUUUGUUUCAGACCUGGCUUCCCUUUUGUUUUCAAUAUCAAUCAAUCUGUUGUACCAAUAUAAAAAGUUCUGUACAAACCGUGUUAGCAUAUACACAGACUGGAAUAAGAAAGGAAAGAGUCUGUAAUAAGAUAACUAAAGUGACAGAGAUAUAGAAAAAAAAAAAAAACAUUGUAUGGAGUUGCAAUGGUGUGUGUGCUAUAUAUUUGUGUGUAUGUAUAAUAGAAAUGGGAGUUGGAGGCACACUGGAGUACUUGUCUGAUCUAAUGGGUAGUGGCUACCACCACAAGAAGAAAAAGAAGAAGCAGUUUCAGACGGUGGAGUUGAAGGUGAGGAUGGACUGUGAUGGGUGUGAGCUUAAGGUCAAGAACGCCCUCUCUUCACUAAGUGGAGUGAAAUCUGUGGAGAUAAACCGUAAACAGCAGAGAGUGACGGUGAGUGGGUAUGUUGAAGCAAACAAGGUGUUGAAGAAGGCGAAGUCAACAGGGAAAAGGGCUGAGAUUUGGCCAUAUGUGCCGUACAACUUGGUGGCUCAACCAUAUGCAGUUGCAGCUUAUGAUAAGAAAGCUCCUCCUGGUUAUGUGAGGAGAGUGGAGGUUGCUGCAAACACCGGAACAAUCACAAGAUAUGAAGACCCUUACGUCACCAUGUUCAGUGAUGACAACCCAAAUGCCUGCUCCAUCAUGUAGACAAAAUAUAUGCCUUUCUUUUCGCACAGCAUUGUAAAUUUUCAAAUUUUAAUGCAGUGUUUUUGUCUUUUGCAUUUUCAUCUUCUUGCUUUUCUCGACUGUUGACUUCUUUUCUGGUUAUUACAUAAAAAGAUGAGAACAAUGUUGCUGUGAUGUGAUCAUUGUUUUCCUAUUUUCUUUUUUUUUCCUCAGCAUUUCAGAUUGUACACUUGUUUGCCUGUACCAUUGGCCUUGACCUUGGGAUAUGAUAUGACAUCGUUUUUGUUGUGAUU